AUGGAGGAAUCUUCCAAAACGUUGUUUGAAUCUCUUAGCGUGGUAAAGGUACAGAGCGUCCAGCUAAAGCGGUACCUGGACACAGACCGCGUCAUGGAGGCGCUCAAAAGCGCCUCGACGAUGCUGGGUGAACUGCGUACGUCGUCUCUUUCGCCUAAACACUACUAUGAGCUGUACAUGGCCGCCUUCGAUGCGCUUCGGCAUCUGUCUAUCUACGUGUACGAUGCGCACAUGAGCGGGAAGCACCAUCUUGCCGACCUGUAUGAGCUCGUGCAGUACUGCGGCAACAUUGUGCCACGUCUCUAUCUCAUGGUAACCGUCGGCAGUGUGUACAUGUCUGUACCUGAAGCGCCUAUCAAGGAAAUCAUGAAGGAUAUGAUGGAGAUGUGCCGUGGUGUGCAGCACCCAACACGCGGCUUGUUCCUCCGUCACUACCUGUCCGGCGUGACGCGUGAUCAUCUUCCGACAGGCAACGAGCCAGGUCCAGCCGGAGAUUUGUCAGACAGCAUUAGCUUCAUCCUGACCAACUUUGUCGAGAUGAACAAGUUGUGGGUCCGCCAGCAGCACCUGGGUCACUCACGCGACCGUGAGAAACGCGAGCUGGAACGCCGCGAGCUGCGGAUCUUGGUCGGGACCAACCUAGUACGCCUCAGUCAGUUGGACGGCGUUACAUUGGAAACCUACCAGCAAGAGAUCCUUCCGGCGAUUCUCGAGCAGGUAAUUAACUGCAAGGAUAUUAUCGCGCAGGAGUACCUUAUGGAAGCAAUUAUCCAGGUGUUCCCUGAUGACUUCCAUCUUCGGACACUCAGUCUCCUGCUCUCCGCCUGUGCACGACUGCAUCCCAAGGUGAGCAUCAAGCAGAUUGUCAUUACGUUGAUCAACCGCCUCGCCUCGUAUGCAGCGCGCGAAGCGGAGAGUGAGAGCCCCGAGGAACGCAAGCGGCAGGAAGAAGAGGCCAGUCAGCGUCUUGCGCUCAAGACGACAGAGAUGCGACGUAAGGCGGCACCUGCAUCGAGGCCGUCGGUAUGGCGGCAGAUCGCUGAUGAACAGACAAGCAAGUCUCGCGAUGCGUGGGGUCUGCUGGCCUCGGAUCUGAGCCAGUCACUGCCCGACGAAGAUGGCCAUAAUAUCUGGAACGACUCAGCGAAGGCAAUGCCGCCCAUGAUGAGCGACAAUGCAUGGGCGGACGAAGCAUCGACAGAGACGUCUGGUGAAGAGAGUACCACAGAGAAGCCAGCGUCCAAGGCUAGCAGCAAUGCGAAGGAGGCGGCGGCCGAGCAGUCCGAUACAAACACGGCAGAAGCACCGAAGCAGGGCGAUACGGAGAGCCAGGAUGUCGCUACUUCCACGCCGCCUGCGAAGGGCAAGGGCAAGGGCAAGGCGACAGACGAUGAUGCCGAGGCUGCGGGAGAGACGGCAGGCCCCCGCAAAUUCCGUGGCAUUCCGGAAGAUGUACGUCUCUUCGAGGUGUUCUGGGAGCAGAUUGUGCUGCUUAUGCGUGCGCGCCCUGACUUGUCGAUGCAGGACACAUCGGCCCUGCUGCUCUCGUUGCUGAACUUGUCGCUAAGCUGCUACCCUGACCGACUGGAGUACGUCGACCAAGUGCUGGGAUUUGCGCAGGAGAAGUUCAACGAAGCGAUCCAGGGCGGUGAUAACAGUGUGCUCGCACCGCAGAGCAACUUCCAGUCGCUGCUUCUGGCGCCUGUGAAUGCCUACGUCAAUGCACUCACGCUGCUAGCCAUCCCGAAUUUCCAUGCGCUGUGGUCGGAGCAGCCUCCACUUAUUCAGCGCGGCAUUGCGCAGGCGAUUGUGUUCUCGAUUCUGCGCCGCCAGACGAUUAUAUCGACACCGGAAGAGGCGGAUGGGAUCUUGGAGCUGUGUGCUAUGCUCGUGCAGGGCCAGACAGAUGUCUUUGCGACUGGCAAUACGACGUCGCAGACGAAUCAUGCGGUGAUGAACGAAGUGGCAGAGCAGCAAGGCGCGCUUGCCAGGAUGGUGCAUUUGUUCCGCUCGAGCGAUCUGGAACAGCAGCUAGCCCUGCUGCAUACAGUGCGGCAGCACUAUGUCAAGGGCGGCGAUGCGAUCCGGAUGACGUACCCGCCGCUGAUCACGGAAGCCGUAGCUUUGGUGCGUCGCUUCGCGGUGUCGAAAGACGUGAAAGAGUGGGAACGCAAGCUGACGGCACUGUUCCACUUUGUGCACCAGCUGAUCUCCACACUGUACCAUCGCGUAGAGACGCCCGAACUAUCGCUGCGUCUGUUUUUGCUGCUGGCCGAGGUGGCAGACGAUGCAGGGUUCGAGGAGUUGGCCUACGAGUUCUACGUGCAGUCGUUCACCGUCUUUGAAGAGUCCAUCUCCGAUUCGCGCUCCCAGUUGCAGUCCAUUGGCUUGAUUAUCGGCACGCUGUACAAAGCACGCAUCUUCGGCCCAGAUAAUUACGAUACGCUGAUUACCAAGGCGGCGCUGUAUGGUGCGAAACUGCUUAAACGGCCUCAUCAAGCCACCGCCGUCCUCAUGGCGAGUCACUUGUGGUGGCAGCUCCCUGGUCCAAAAGACACGGGUGAAACCCCCUACCCUCUUGUGCGUGAUGGUCGGCGUGUACUGGAGUGCUUGCAGAAAUCUCUGCGUAUUGCAAAUGGGUGCAUCAACGAGUUUACCACGGUGGAAAUCUUUUGUCAUGCACUGAACAAGUACCUGUAUUAUUUCGACCAAGGUGUUGAGGCUGUUACGGCACGCUACGUGAAUUCGCUGGUGGACCUGAUCUCCAAGGCGCUUACGUCGCUUCAAGAAGAGGCCAACAGUGCGGGCGAGAAGAAGCCUGACUCGCCUGAGAUGCUAGCGAACUGGGAAGCUGUAUUGAACCAGUUCAACAACCAGCUUCAGUUCAUCCAGACCAAGAAACGGGAGGCAGAGGAUGCUGAGAUGGGUAGCAUCACGGGGGCGGACUGGCAAAGUAUCCACAUCGACGCCGCUCUGGCUCGUAGGUCCCUGUAG